AAAAUAAUUUGAGCACAUCAUCCAUUUUCUCCAAGCAUGACACCAUUCACUUUUUUUUCCAGCUUCAUGGCAUUUGCUUUCUUUAGUUUUCUAAUUUUUCCUUUUUGUCUUUGCUAGGUAAAAAGGUCCUCUAAUCAUAGCUCCAAGGCGGAAGUUCUUCAAAAAGCGGCGUUCUCCAUAUUUGCUCAGAUCUAGAGUAAUCAAAAUGUUUGAGGAAAAUGCUGCUAUUAAUCCAGAGAAAUCAGCCGUGGAUGAGAGGGUUGAUAAGUUGGAAGCUACAAUGCAAACUAUGGCUGCUACUCUUCAGACUAUCAGUCUCACUUUGUCCACUCUAGCUACUGGUUCAGUUCCUUCACCUCCAUCCUUAGUGCCCACAACACCAGCUCCACCCAUCCUUAUUCCAUCAUCUACCAUCACAUCGGGUACUCAUGCUAAGGAUCCCAUGGUCACACAAUUGCAAUUUCCAUCUAUCUAUGAGAAUCAACCUUUAAUGGGGGAGUCAUCUUCACAUGUGCCACAAAUCCCAUCUUUGUCACACCCGCCACUUGAGGUGAAUGACCUUACCUUGCCCGCCACCACACCUUUUGCUCUUAACAUACCACCUUCGAUGGGACAAGUACCAACUAUUCAACCCAACCCCUCAGUUGCGAUGUUGAGGUCUGCUUUAGAGGAUGGGAAGUCAAGAGAGACAAGUUUCAAGUUCAAGCAGCUGGAUUUUGACAAGUAUGAUGGCUCAGGUUGUCCUUAUGCCCACCUGCAGAUGUAUGCCAGGAAGAUGGCACCUUAUGCUAAUGAUGAGAGGGUACUCAUUCACUAUUUUCAAGACAAUCUCUCAGGCCCAGCAAGUGUUUGGUUUUCAACACUUGACAAGAAGAAGAUUUGCACUUUCAAAGAUGUGUCUCAAGCUUUCAUGAAGCAAUAUGAGUAUAAUAUGAGUUUGGCCCCUACAAGAGAUAGCUUGCAGAAAAUUACCAAGAAGAGUAAUGAGACUUUCAAAGAAUUUGCUCAAAGGUGGAGAUCCGAAGCAACUAAAGUCAUGCCACCUCUCACUGACAGUGAAAUUUGCUCUCUCUUUAUCAAGUCGACUACCGGGACUUUCCGUGCAUGGUUAGCUCCUUGUGUGGGAUAUACUUUCGCUCAGCUAGUGACAGCGGGUGAACAGAUUGAAGAUGGACUUAAGACCGGCAUAAUUAUGGAUUUUCAAGCCGUCCAGAAACAAUUAGAACAAGUCAAAAUGGGUAGUGCCGGAUCUACUUCAAAGAAGUUUGCACCCGGAGGAAGAAAAGAAGAUGAAGAAGCUUUGAGCCAUAUUUCCACUUGUCAUAAUGUGGCAAACAUUCCUUAUAAGCGCCAGACUCAAAUGCAAUACACCCCAACUUAUAAGCCUACCAUUCACUCUCAAAGGAAGCCAAACUUUAAUGCUCACACUUCGUUAAGGCAGCAAUUCCCGUCUACGAAUAGGUCAAGACAGUUCACUAAGCUUCCAAUCCCUUAUGGUGAGGCGUUGAAACAAUUAGUUGCAGUGGGUUUAUUGGAGACAGUGCAAGUGAACCCUAUUCAACCACCUUAUCCAUACUGGUAUGAUCUGCAAGCUAGGUGCGAAUAUCACAAUGUAGUGGGUCAUGGUACUGAAUACUGUGCAACUUUGAAAAUAAAAAUUCAAGAUCUUAUCAAUGAGGGUAAACUUCAGUUCGAUGAAGCCAAGAGUACUUCGAACACCACUCAAAAUCCUUUACCCCCUCACGAUGCAGGCACAAUGAAUAUGGUCGCCCUUGACGAACCGAUUGCACAAAUGAGCUUGAAUGUUUCGCUCACAAUGAUUGAUGAUGCCUUGGUGUGUCCUUACCACUCCAAUAUGAAGGGGCAUGCUUUGCGAGGUUGUGAAGAUUUUCAGAGAAAGGUUGAGGAGUUGCAAGCAAUGGGAUCUUUAAAAUUUGUGUCUGCACAGGUGUCAGAAAAAUGUGUAGCACAAUUUGAGGAGGCGAUUGUGGAAGAUAUCACUAAUGAGGUCUGUUCUGACGAUGAAGAAGACUAUUUUGGCUUCAACAAUCUCUUUGGGUCAGCCAACAUGGUAGAUCCUAAGGAGAGGCGGAGGAGGAUACUCGUUGAAAGGGCAUUCAUGGAGAAGCACCCCAACCUCCAUCUUGUUCAUCAUGCGAAAGCUCCAAUGGGUUCAUAUGAGUCUGUGCCUCUUGAAUCAGCAAAAGAAGAAUCACUAUGUGACUCAUGGGGAAAUUUGAUUAUGAAUGCUCUAGAUGAGGAAGAACUAGAAUUUGAUAGGGGAAUUUCACUAGUCAAUGGAAGCUUUUAGGCUAAUUGGACAGCGAAACUUCUCCCUGCAGCUUUCAUCUUUGAGUAAAAGGAGUCAGCCUCUAGUAGUUUUGCUUGUGACUACGUGAAGGGAGGGAUUCAACAAGCAUUUUUAUAUUUUCUGAAAUUUAUGUUAUCAUGCUGCUAGUAUUCCCAUGCUUUUCUUUUGAAUGAAUAUGUUGCAAUCCUACCCAUCAUUGUAAAAAUCAUCAUGAUGCAACUUUACUUGAACUUUUGUUGUACAAACCACUCUUUAAUGAUAUAUUUCAUGAGGCAUUUCCUCCUUUGUUUGUAUGGUACAGCUGCUAUUGCCUUGCUUCUUGCUGGACAACUGAGAGAAUUAAGAGUUAUAUAUAUCCUAACUGGUAAAUGGGUGCACAUACAGUUUUUCCGUUUCUUUGUGGUUUGAAAUCUAAAUAUUUUGUGCUGUUUUUCUUUGUAUUCCAGUUUAUUAUGGUGUAGAAAAUUCUUUUCGCAGUUUAGCCCCUCAUGUUGUGCAGUGGUUGGUGGGUUCAUAUAACACUCAAAUACUUCUCAUGGUGUUUCUUUCCAUAGUUUCUCUCUUACUGGCUGGUUUUUUUGCAUAUCACACUAAUCUGUGUCUCACAAACACCACAACAAAUGAGGUAAGAUAUGCUCCUUUCCUCUAUACCGUGUUGAAUAAUUUUGUUUUUCUUAUUUUAGAAAAUAUAUGGUUUCAUCAGCAUUUAGUAAGUUGAACAAAUUAUGUAAAAGCACCCGCUUUUGAAAAGGAAAUGGAAUCAUAGUUCAAAUAAAUCUGAAUGACUUCU